AUGGAAGCCAACAAUCGAGGUUUGGUUACUGAUCUUUGCACAAAAGCGGGUUUCUUUGAUGCAAAACAAAGAGAUUCUUUCCAUAGAAGAAUGAUUCCGAAGAAUACCCAAGACGGCUCGCCAUUAACAAGAGAACGGAUGAAGACGGAUCAGGUUAAAGACGCUGAAGGCCUGAAGAAUGAUACACUUACUUACGUCCAUUUUUUUUUCUUUUUAGACGAGAUUUUUUCAUUCUUAGUUGUUGUUCACAUUCGUUUUUCUUUCUUUCUUUCUUUCUGUUUUUUUCUUUCGUUCUUUAUUUCUCAUACGUUUAAUUUUUUUCUCAUCAAUUUAUCUGUCAUUGUUUUCUUUGUUUCUUUCUCUUCUUUCUUUUUCUUUCUUUCGUUCUCCUUUCUUUCUUUCUUUCUUUCUUUUUCCUUUCGCAUUAGUUACCUUUCUUUCUUUCUUUUUCCUUUUUUCUUUCUUUUUCUUUCGUUCUUUCUUUCUUUCGCAUUAGUUCUUUCUUUUUCGUUUUUUCUUUCUUUCUUUCUUCUUUCUUUCUUUCUUUCUUUCUUUCUUUCUCAUUUGUCACGUUUCUUUCUUUCUUUCUUUCUUUCGCAUUUGUUACGUUUCUUUCUUUUUCUGUUUUCUUUGUUCUUUCUUUCUUUUUCCUUUUUUCUUUCUUUUUCUUUCGUUCUUUCUUUUUUUCGCAUUAGUACUUUCUUUUUCGUUUUUUCUUUCUUUCUUUCUUUUUUCUUUCUUUCUUUCUUUCUUUCUUUUUUCUUUUUUUCUUUCUUUCUUUCUUUCUGUUUUUUUCUUUCGUUCUUUCUUUCUCAUUUGUCACGUUUCUUUCUUUCUUUCUUUCUUUCUUUCUUUCUUUCUUUUUUUCUUUCUUUCUUUCUUUCUUUCUUUCUCAUUUGUCACGUUCCAACCCCUCCACAUGCUCUCUCUUCCUUCCUUCCUCUUCGCCCUUUCUUUCUUUCUUUCUUUCUUUCUUUCUUUCCAACCCCUUCACAUGCUCUCUCUUCCUUCCUUCCUCUUCCUUUCUUUCUUUCUUUCUUUCUUUCUUUCUUUUCUUUCUUUCUUUCUUUCUUUCUUUCCAACCCUCCACGCUCUCUCUUCCUUCCUUCCUCUUCGCCCUUUCUUUCUUUCUUUCUUUUUUUUUCUUUCUUUUUCUUUCUUUCUUUCUUUCUUUCUUUCUUUCUUUUUUUUUCCAACCCCUCCACAUGCUCUCUCUUCCUUCCUUCCUCUUCGCCUUUCUUUCUUUCUUUCUUUCUUUUCUUUCUUUCUUUCUUUCUUUCUUUCUUUCUUUCUUUCUUUUCCUUCCCUCUUGCCCUUUCUUUCCUUCCUUCCUCUUCGCCCUUUCUUUCUUUCUUUCUUUCUUUCUUUCUUUCUUUCUUUUUCUUUCUUUCUUUUCCAACCCCUCCCAUGCUCUCUCUUCCUUCCUUCCUCUUCGCCCUUUCUUUCUUUCUUUCUUUUCCAACCCCUCCACAUGCUCUCUCUUCCUUCCUUCCUCUUCGCCCUUUCUUUCUUUCUUUCUUUCUUUCUUUCUUUCUUUCUUUCUUUCUUUCUUUCUUUCUUUCUUUCCAACCCCUCCACAUGCUCUCUCUUCCUUCCUUCCUCUUCGCCCUUUCUUUCUUUCUUUCUUUCUUUCUUUCUUUCUUUCUUUCUUUCUUUCUUUCUUUCUUUUCUUUCCAACCCCUCCACAUGCUCUCUCUUCCUUCCUUCCUCUUCUUUCCCUUUCUUUCUUUCUUUCUUUCUUUCUUUCUUUCUUUCUUUUCUUUCUUUCUUUUCCAGCCCCCUCCCAUGCACUCUCUUCCUUCCUUCCUCUUCGCCCUUUCUUUUUCUUUCUUUCUUUCUUUCUUUCUUUCUUUCUUUCUUUCUUUCCAACCCCUCCACAUGCUCUCAUUUCCUUCCUUCCUUCCUACCUUCCUCUUUUUUCUUCCUUCCUUCCUCUUCGCCCUUUCUUUUUUUCUUUCUUUCUUUCUUUCUUUCUUUCUUUCUUUCUUUCUUUCUUUCUUCAAUUCCGUCUUUUAUUUCCUUUUCGUUUCCGCUCUUUCUUUCUUUCUUUCUUUCUUUCUUUCCAACCCCUCCCAUGCUCUCAUUUCCUUCCUUCCUUCCUUCCUCUUUUUUUCUUCCUUCCUUCCUCUUCGUUCUUUCUUUUUUCUUUCUUUCUUUCUUUCUUUCUUUCUUUCUUUCUUUCUUCUUUCUUUCUUUUAUUUCCUUUUUUCGUUUCCGCUCUUUCUUUCUUUCUUUCUUUCUUUCUUUCUUUCUUUCUUUCUUUCUUUCUUUCUUUUCCAACCCCUCCACAUGCUCUCAUUUCCUUCCUUCCUUCCUUCCUUCCUUCCUUCCUUCCUUCCUUCCUUCCUUCCUCUUUUUUCUUCCUUCCUUCCUCUUCGCUCUUUCUUUCUUUCUUUCUUUCUUUCUUUCUUUCUUUCUUUCUUUUCAAUUUCUUAUAUUUCCUUUUUGUUUGAGCUUUGUUUGUUUGUUUCUUUCUUUCUUUCCCGCUUAUCCCCACUCAUCUCUAUCGUCUGUUUUCCUUUUUGCAUAUCCCACUUUUUCUUGAACUAUUUCAUUUUUGCCUAUCGGGCGAUCCACAACACCAUUGCUGCCAUUGCUUUCACAACCGUUGGAUCUACAGGUGAUCUCAUCCGUUCGUUCCGCCGGCAGUCAGUCUUCGCAUACGAUCUAUCUAUCUAUCUAUCUAUCUAUCUAUCUAUCUAUCUCAGUCUUGUCAUAUCUAUCUAUCUAUCUAUCUAUCUAUCUAUCUAUCUAUCUAUCUAUCUAUCUACCAUCCAUCCAUCCAUCUUUUAUCUAUCUAUCUAUCUAUCUCAUCUAUCUAUCUAUCUAUCUAUCUUUAUCUAUCUUAGCUUCUUCAUAUCUAUCUAUCUAUCUAUCUAUCUAUCUAUCUAUCUAUGUUUUUCUGCAAGACUUCACAUCGUCGGACGAUGGACAAUCUACUCACACAUCUCUCUCUCUUUUCUCAAACUACAUCUCUUCUUAUACAUCCAUCGCUCCCUCUUUUCUACACUCUGUCUCUCUUAUAGACUAAUUUCUUUUCUUCACUAUGCCUCUCACCCUAAGCAGUCUCUCUCUCUCUCUCUGCGCAUAUAUAUUCCGUUCCUACACUCUCAUCUCUCUCUCAAUUCACUCUCAUGCCACCCAGUCUCUCUCUCUUCCAUGCUCGCAGCACUCCCUCUUUUCUCUCUCAUUUCUUUCUUCUACUAUUUCAUCUCUCUCUUCUACAGGCAUCUCUCUCCCCUACAAGCUGUUCACACUCUCUCUUUCACACUCUCAUAUCUCCAUCUUAACUGCACUCUCAUCUCUAUCUUUCUUCUACUCUCUCAUUUCUCUCUUUCUUCUACUAUCUUAUCUCUCUCUCUUCUACGGCCAUCUCUCUGCGCUACAAGCUCAUCACACUCUCUCUUCUACUCCCUCAUACCUCCAUCUUUACUGCACUCUCAUCUCUCUCUCACAUUUCACUCUCAUAUCUCCCACUCUAUCUCUCUUCUACGCUCACAUCUCUCUCUUCUACUCUCUUUAUUCCUCUCUUUCUUCUACUAUCUUAUCUCUCUCCGUCUUCUACAGUUUUCUCUCUCCCCUACACGUUCAUCACACUCUCUCUUCUACUCUCUCAUAUCUCCAUCUUUGUUGCACUCUCAUCUCUCUCUCUCUCAUUUCACUCUCAUAUCUCCUACUCUCUCUCUCUCUUUUACGCUCUCUCGUCUACUCUCUCAUUUCUUUCUUUCUUCUACUAUCUCAUCUCUCUCUCUUCUACGGCCAUCUCUCUCCCCUACAAACUCAUCACACUCUCUCUUCUACUCUCUCAUAUCUCCAUCGUUGUUGCACUCUCAUCUCUCUCUCUCUCAUUUCACUCUCAUUCUCUCCUCUCUCUCUCUCUUUUACGCUCUCAUCUCUCUCGUCUACUCUCUCAUUUCUUUCUUUCUUCCACUAUCUCAUCUCUCUCUUCUUCACGCCAUCUCUCUCCCCUACAAACUCAUCACACUCUCUCUUCUCUCUCAUAUCUCCAUCGUUGUUGCACUCUCAUCUUUCUCUCUCUCACUCAUUUCACUCUCAUAUCUCCUACUCUCUCUCUCUUUUACGCUCUCAUCUCUCUCUCGUCUACUCUCUCAUUUCUUUCUUUCUUCCACUAUCUCAUCUCUCUCUCUCAAAUAUCUCUCUCCCCCACGCUCAUCUCUCUCUCUUCUACUCUCUCAUAUUUCCAUCUUUGUUGCACUCUCAUCUCUCUCUCAUUUCACUCUCAUAUCUCCCACACUUUCUUUCUUCUACUCUCUCAUGUCUCUCUCUUCUACUCUCUCAUUUCUUUCUUUCUUCCACUAUCUCAUCUCUCUCUCUUCUACGGCCAUCUCUCUCCCCUACACGCUCAUCACACUCUCUCUUCUACUCAUAUCUCCAUCGUUGUUGCAUUCUCAUCUCUCUCUCAUUUCACUCUCAUAUCUCCUACUCUCUCUCUCUCUUUUACGCUCUCAUCUCUCUCUCGUCUACUCUCUCAUUUCUUUCUUUCUUCCACUAUCUCAUCUCUCUCUCUUCUACGGCCAUCUCUCUCCCCUACAAACUCAUCACACUCUCUCUUCUACUCUCUCAUAUCUCCAUCGUUGUUGCAUUCUCAUCUCUCUCUCUCUCUCAUUUCACUCUCAUAUCUCCUACUCUCUCUCUCUUUUACGCUCUCAUCUCUCUCUCGUCUACUCUCUCAUUUCUUUCUUCCACUAUCUCAUCUCUCUCUCUUCUACGGCCAUCUCUCUCCCCUACAAACUCAUCACACUCUCUCUUCUACUCUCUCAUAUCUCCAUCGUUGUUGCACUCUCAUCUCUCUCUCUCUCUCUCUCAUUUCACUCUCAUAUCUCCUACUCUCUCUCUCUCUUUUACGCUCUCAUCUCUCUCUCGUCUACUCUCUCAUUUCUUUCUUUCUUCCACUAUCUCAUCUCUCUCUCUUCUACGGCCAUCUCUCUCCCCUACACGCUCAUCACACUCUCUCUUCUACUCUCUCAUAUCUCCAUCUUUACUGCACUCUCAUCUGUCUUACAUUUCUAUGUCAUAACCUAA